AUGGUAGCGAGGGAGCAAACCACGGAGGUGCAGGAAGGUGCUUGUAACGGGAUGACAGUGCAGGAAGAUGCUUGUAACGGGAUGACAGUGCAGGACGGUGCUUGUAACGGGAUGACAGUGCAGGAAGAUACUUGUAACGGGCUGACAGUGCAGGACGGUGCUUUUAACGAGGUGACAGCUCAGGAAGGCAGUGCUAUUGCAGGCGGGGCAGGAGCAGAGGGCACAUUAUUCAGAGCGCUGGAGGCGGAGGAGGUGCGCAGGCAGGGCCAUCGCAUGGUGGAGUUCAUUGCAGACUAUCUGCAGGGCGUGGGGGACAGACCCGUGUGUAGCACCGUGCAGCAUGCAGCAGGGCUGGUUGCAUGCGGUUACCAGCAGUUGUCAGCACACCAGACGCACUCAUUCUCCUGCACCCCCUCCCUCUCUUGCAACGCAUCCCACUGCACUCCAUGCUCUGCGCCUGCUAACCACACUGCCCACGCCUUGCCCUGCAUGCGCGGCCCCACUGUUGCCCCCUCCCGCCACCAUGACAGCCCGGCUAUCUGCGGCCUCUGCUGCCCGCCCACGCCCCCGACCAUGGCGAACCACUGGACGCCAUUCUCUCAGGUCAUGCGCGCUCCCUCUCGCCCCCAUCCGUGUGCCGUCGCCUUGGCCCCACCUGUGUGCAUUCCUCCAUCUUCCUUUGAACCACCUUGCCCACCCCCCUCCCUCGCUGCCUGCCCCUACCCUCCCACGGACAUAUCGAGCGCCAUCCUGCCGGGCAUAAUGCACUGGCAGAGCCCGGCCUUCUUCGCCUUCUUCUCCUCGCCCACCAGCGCCGCCGCCAUCUGUGCCGACGCCCUCAACGUCGUCGGCUUCUCCUGGGCUGCUGCGCCUGCAGCCACGGAGCUGGAGGAGGUCGUCAUGGACUGGAUGGUGGACCUGCUAGGGCUCCCCGAUGGGUUCCAUUCGGUUAAGUCAGGCGGGCAGGGCGGGGAGGUGAUUCACGGCACGGCCAGUGAGGCGCUGCUGGUGGCGCUGCUGGCCGCCAGGCGGAGAGUGCUGGACCGCGUAGUGGGGCCGGCUGGUAGUAUGGAGGAAGCGGCAGCAGAUUCAGCAGCAGCAGUAGCCUGCAGGCAGGGUGCUCAGGAGAAGAAACGGGCAGCAGAGGGGCGGCUGAUAGCACACCUUAACGAGGCGGAGAGCAGGCUUAUAUGGAGGAUAGUGUCAGCACGGAAUGGCAGGCAGAGGUGCAACGGGAGCGUGGGGGUGACACAUGAGGAGUGGCUGGUGGAUGCUGCAGGCGAUGGGGAUGGCGAUGGCAGUGGGGCUUGUGUUAUUGGUACCACCAGUAGCACUGGUGCAGGUGCUGGUCAGGCUGGCAGCAUUAGUGGCGGGGCGGCUGCUGCCAGUAAGGCUGCUGCUGGUGCGUGUGAGCAGGGAGAGGCUGCCGGGGCCCCGUGGGGCAGUGCGGAGGACAGGGCAGCACAGUGCCAGGUGGCAUACGUGUCGGACCAGACGCAUGCAUGCGCACUCAAGGCGUGCCGUGUGGCGGGCAUGCCCGAGAGCAACGUGCGUGUGCUGCCCACCACUGCUGCAUCGGCUUAUGCUCUCACUCCCCGCCAGCUGUUGGAUGCGGUGCAGAGGGAUGAGGCUGCUGGCCUCAUUCCCUUCUUCCUCGUCCUCACUGUAAGUGGGAGGUGUCUCGUUGCUUCCUUCUUUCCCACUCUCACUGGAAGUUGA